AGCGUGCGUUAAAAGCGAUCGAACUAUCCUAGAACACACAUCGGUUGUCUCGAACCUGUUCACAUUCAUCGCGGAAGGUGGGCGAAAGAGUUUCAAAAUACCAAACGGUGUAUUGCGGAUUUCGUUGAUUUAUGCGCUCAGUGAGUAUUUCGCGCAUCAGGAAGUGUUAAGGAAGUGCUUUUCACAAUUACCGGGGGCAGUUUGUGGAGAAAAAAAAUCGUUGUUUACCACCCAAGACAGCAUUGGUCGUUUCUGGUUGGCGUGAAAGGGAAUUGCUUCGGUCGCGUGCAUCGCUGAGUGGUGUAUUAUCUCAUCAAAAACAAGGUUAGCAGGCAACUGGCUUGCAUAGCUGAGUAGUUGUCGAUGGACUGUUGCAAAAAUAAUACAACGUUGAUUGCGCUGCCGCUGCAGUUGGAGAAAUAAAAAAGUAUAUUGCGUAUCGAGCUCGAGAACAGAGACGGGCUUUCGUUGUGGGUUUGAGUGAUUCUCGGUGGUGCAGUGGCUGUAUAACCUAGUGUGGGUUAUGCUAAGACGGAGUUGGAGUUAGUCCACUGCUAAGGUUUCCGCGAAACGGAUGUUUGAGAAGAGUGGCCGUAUAGGUGGAACCAAGUCUUUGUGUUGUAUCUGUGCUGAUUUUGACGAUAAACGUUGGAAACGAAACGAGCUGAUAGAAUGAAUAAGUUGGCCUUCAGUAUAAGUUUACUGCUCGUCCUGAGUAGCAUGCACGUACCCCCGAUCAGGGCAACCGUUAUCCGACUGUUUACCGAGCUGCUGCAAAACAACGUCGCCGGCAUUCCAUUGAUCCACAAAACAGAAGAGUUCGAUUUUGAUCCGGAGGUUAGCAAAAAGCGUCGCGAGCUUUACUAUGAGAAACAUGGAUAUCGAGGUGAAAAGGCUAUCGAAAGGCUCGGCUUGGGUAUCGACGGUAAACACAAGGAACGAUUGGAAGAGCAGCGAAAACGGGAUGAGGGUCAUCUGAACGGAUUGAAUUAUCUGCAGCCGUAGAAGAAAUUGUUAGUGCCGUGAGGAAGUGUGAUGAAAUGAGCAGUUUUUUUCGAAUUUGUGAUGCUUGCUCAAUGCGAUUAUUAGUAUAUUAUGUAAACUGUUAAACGCUUCUCGUUAGUGAAUGCAAGCUAGAAUAGAAUUAUAUGUACAUUGCCUUAUAUUCUGCUGAUUCAAAGAAGUUCAAAUAAUGGCUGUAUUAGGCUGAAAUGUGGUUAGGACAUAGUUGAGAUAUCAGUGAUAUUUAUAGCAUAAAUUAUGAAGCUUAGUAGGAAUGUCAAACAAACGGUUUUACUUCUAAGUUGACUAAAACAAAAGAAACAAGUCCUUGUAGGAUUUUGCUAUCAAUGAUAUUUACAUAUAAAUAUCAUUUAACUCUAUUCGACAACAAGUUCCGUUCGUGAAAACUGUACCAAUCGGAAGUUGUUAUGUUAGGAAACGAUUAGUAUAAUGAUCAACGUUCAAAGUUUGGAGGAAAAUAGAAUACAACUUGAGGUUGUUGAUUUUUUUUAUAUUUUUGUUUGCAAAUAAAGGCUUUUAUUUUAUUUUCAUUACGUGUCAGAUACGAUUUUUUCUGGAAU